AUGGACGACGACCAGUACAUGGAUCUUUUCAACGAGGCCGAGCAGCUUCCCAUUGCCGUUCAGACGCCGCCCGUCAAGCGGCUUGCUCAGCGUCUCGAUGAAUUGGGCGAGUCUGGUUGCUGCCAGAAAAUAGCAUGGUCCAAGAGUGGCUGUGUGGCUUCAAUCACCCGAGAUGGACGCGGUGUUAACCUGCGUGCCUUCCAGCGCAAUCCUGUCGACGGCAAAUGGAUCUUGGGCGAUGAAGCUCCGCUCCACAUCCCCUCCGUUCAUGAAGAGUUUCCGCUCGUUCAUGUUGCCUGGGGCCACCUCGGUGUUGACCUCGCCGUGGUGGAUGCUGCCGGGAGGAUCCUUGUGUACACGGCAGCCCAAGCAGCAGAUAGGAUGAAACUCUCUCGUGAGCCCUUUUCUGACCACGAGAGCGAGUCUAACGCGCUUGUUGGCUUGCACUGGCUACCUGUUGCCCCGCAGCAAGUCAAGUACCAUAUGAUCUGGUCAGGCGAUCGCAACGAAGACAAAUGGCAGUACCGGAUGACAAGCCAUCCGUGGAAAGAGCCUCACAAUCCUAUUCAUCCGCGCAUGUCUCUUGGCGCAUUCAUCUGCUUCACACGUGGAGGCACAGUCAGGUUACUUUUCCAGCAGCCUGACCAACAAUGGUACGAGGCAACCGCAGAAGUUGAAGCAUCCAAUUCUGGUAAAGAUGCUUUCAGCCACGCCUCAUUCACCUCAGAUUCGGAAAAUUCUCUGCUCCUUGCCACACAUACCGUCGCCGGGUCUGUUCUCGUUUAUCGUGUCAAAAUCAACUGGAACGCUCAGCCAGGCAAAAGUGCUUCUCCAACUUUCGACAUCGCCCCACUGAAAGCGGAGGAUGACUGCUCACCACUGGCUACCAACUUCGACGCCAGCGCUUCUGUGCUCGGGUCUACCCAGAACUUAUCUUUCCCGGCCAGGCUUACUCAUCUUUCCUUCAUACCCAUCGGCCCUGAUCCUGGCCCGUCUCCUUCGCAUCCUACGGUCAUGGCUGUCUUCUGCCACACACCAGCUCCUGUCCCUUCGUUGAUGGACCAGACCCACUCACAGCAACCUCCAUUCAGUAUAAUCUCGCGGUGGGAACUGCAUGGCUCAUCUUACGCUCUUCACUCUGGCUUUGAGCAACUGACUGCCAAGAAGAAGGCUCCAGGGUCUGCUGGACAGCGUCAGAAAAUGAGCUUUAAGCGGUUACCGGACAUUGUGUUGGAUAGCGCUACGUUGGGACUAUUCAAUCUUGAUUCUUACACGAAACUCGCUCUUUAUCAAAGCAACGGCGGAGUAGAAUUCCGAGAUCGAUAUACAAUGGACGUCAUCACGGCGGAUUCUAAUGAGAACAGGAUAUCUUCCCUGCCACAAGCUGGCUUCUCGUUCCCUGCGAGCGAUCCUGCGCUUCACAUGGUCCUGUCUCCCAGCGCCUGCAUGUUGGCGCUACUGCAGCCGGACGGCACUAUCACAUUGAAGAACAUGGAGUUCAACCAUGGCUCGCUAAAUGAUGGAGGGAGUGACCCAAAAACCACGGCGGCCAUCGCAGCGCUGGUACUACAAUACAGCUCCGCCUCGUUGCAGUACAUGCCUGGCGAUGACCUCUUCGCGAUCAUGCCACCGGAUUUGAACCACAAUUUGAAACGCUUGUUCUUGAGGGGAACUCACCUUUGCAUGAACGUUGUGGCCGAUUACCCACCCGAAGACACGGCUCAGAAGCCAUUCGAAAACAUCUUCCGCAACAACGUGCUCCGUGGAUGUCUCAGCACGCAGAACCUUCUUGGAAUGGCGACCAAUGGCUCGCGAGACUUGAGCAGUAAACUUGCUUGGACAACGCUCAAUCUUCGAUUUACUUCAUUCCUCCUCAGCAUCCCUACAAACCAUGCCCGAGGCGGCGGCCCGGAAUCUUUUACGAUGGAAACGGCGAAGUCCGUCAAGGGCUUAUUGAGGUGGACUAUGGAUCUUAUGGUGUAUAUGGUGAACGAUCUCAUCGAACUUUCACAGGAAUGCAGGAAACACGAGGCCGACAGGGGGUUUGUCCAGAAAAAGCUGCAGGAAAGGUGCUCGCCGGGAUUGUUCCUCCUGCUGUGCAGCUUCCCUCGAUCAAUAUUCCGAGUUACCCGGCAACCCCUGCAGCUGCUGUUGACCAUCAGCCAAUGGCAUAUCAAGAAUGCGCCAACAGUGAUCCAUCGCUCCGUGUUCAACGGGUUGCUGGCGGCCAUGAUCAGCUCUCCGGUGCAUCCGCCUCACAUGGCGGCGCUCGUGCUCGAAGUGGACAACCAAGUGCGUCUUUGUUACAACAAGGCACAGUACACGGACGAGCGGCGCAGGGCGACAGAGCGGGAAAUGCUCAUCAGCGCGGAGAUCCCCGACGUGCUGAUGCCUGUGGUCACACGGUUACUCACGCAGGGCAUGGACAAACUGCUUGACACGGUGGACGCGGCCAAGAUAAUGUACUGGGACCUAAGGUGGCUAGGGCUGAGCGAAGACAAGAGAGAGAAACAGUAUCUGGAGAAGAACACGGUUGACGUGCUGCGGAAGGUGGAGAUCAGCAGGAAAGACAGCGGGCGGAGGAGAUGCGUCAGAUGCGGCGGCGAAAUGGAGGACAUGGACUGGAUGGGAGGACAGAACAAGUGCGCGUGCGGAUGCCCUUGGGCGAUGGGGUCACUGACGAAGAAGUCAUGA